UUAAAUUAAAGGUGUAAAGCUACCAUGGGACUGAUGAAAAGUACGUGUGCAUCAGUUGUACUGGUUCUGUGUUUUUCAGUUGUCAAUGGUUACAAUAGCAACAGUAAUGGUCUUGGAUUUUUCUCAAAUUUGCUUUCAUCACCUUCUGUCAGCAAACAGUCAUCUAGCCCGUAUGUUUAUCCGAACACCGUUCCAGUUUCCAGCUACAUUAACCCGGUUCAGCCUUUUAGGAUGCCUGCUUAUUCUAACAUCGCUCCUGCUAAUAGAAUGGUGUAUCCAGCGCUUAUGCCACAUGGAAUAUCUUUAUUUGGAACACUUCCUCCCCAUACUGGGCAUUCUAUUCACAGAAAUGUCUAUCAUCACAAAGACGUUGUGACAAAGUCAGUUUUAUACUCCGUUUUAUUGUCACAAAUCUUAAGAAAGAUAUGAUCAGCUAAAAAUCUUGCCAUGAGUCGUCAUUAUUUAUUUCUUCAUUUUACUUAUUCUAUUUGUUAUUCUUAAUCAUUUUGUAUCAAAGAUAUCAUAAACAACAUUAUUAAU